GGGUGUGAGCUUCCAUGAAGCCUUGAAGCCCAGUGAGGGGUAACCCUAGUUUAUUCGCGUUUAAAACGCGUUUUAAACGUCGAACCGUUUUUUUGACGUUUUAAACGCCGUUUGCCGAACUGUUCACAGAAAUUCUGUAAAAAACGGGAACGGGCAUAUUUAAAGUUUAAAACGCGUUUCAAACGGGUAUCCGUUUUUUUACUAUCAAAAAAAUGGAUAUUAAAAAAUAAUUAAAAUUUCACUCUAUUGAUCAUUCUCGGCCAUUCGAUUUCGGCCCAUUCCCAAAUCAAAAUCCCUCAUUUCAAACUUCAACCCUAACUCUCACUUCCUCUCUUCUUCUCUCCCAACGACGGACGACUGACGACUGGUCAUCAGAGAUUUGUUAUCGGUUUCUCGUGAACACGGUGCGGCCGGAGUUGUCUACGUCUCUACGAUCCACGACGACGACGGCCAGUGGAAACACCUGUGAGAACUGGACGACGACGACGACGGACGACGAACGACUGGAAGACUGGAGACGGACGACGACGACGACGGACGACUGAACGAUUGGAGUACUGGACUCGAGCUCGACUUCACCUCACUACCGCGGACGACUGAACGACUGGAGUACUGGACUCGAGCAGUCGAGCUCGACUUCACCUCACUACGGCGGACGACGGACGAUGGACCACGGACGACGGACUACAGACUACGGACGACGGACGACGGACGACUGACGACGGACGUCGAAGGACGAAGGACGAGCUCAAACACCGGAUUCGACUUCACCCCUGUUUCUAUUAUUGCAGAAAGAGGUUUUUGAUUUUGAUUCCUUUUUGAUUUCUUUAUAUUUUGUGAUCUGGUUAAAUGAGCCAUACAUAGAUAUAAUCCUCAUGCCGGAGACCACAAGCUUAUUCAUGCAAUGCACUCCAAGCUCUUGUUUAACAUACUACACAUGAAAGGGAAAAUAAGCAUAUCCUUCUAUCAGGUUUUCCACAAUAUUCACCUUUAGUGAGCAACAAUCUUCUAAAAAUCUAUAAGAUCAACCCUACUUGGUUGUCGGCUUAUAGGUAGAUAUAUCCAGACUUUGAUUUCACCUUCACGAUUGCUUUUUUUUUUUUCUUUUUAUUUUUAAGGUGCAACAUGUGGCUGUUUGGAUCAAGAAGGAUCUUGCAGAAAUUUCAAGAAGCUUCCAUACAAACUGGCAUCUGCUGCAUCAUUGGGUUGAUUCUCAUUAACCCUUGUUUUUUUAUACGGAGCCGAUAGACCAUACAUAGUUUCCAGCCCCUUUUGAUUUAGCAUCUUCUUUUUAUUUUUUUCUAGGUUAUAUAGGAGAAAAGGUUUCUCUCUGUUCAGUUGCAGAAAUUAUUUGGUAAAUUAGAAUCACUUUGUUUCACAAUUUAGUAUACUUUGUUAAAAUAUGAAUGAAUAUUUGAGUGUUAAUCGUUAAUUCUUUAUUCUCAAUUCUCAUAUGUACUCAUCAUAUAUAUUAAAUUUGAAUAAAUAUUUGAUUGCAUAUUAUGUAGGUACUUGAUAUUAUUGAAAAAUGGUUAGAAAAAAGGAUAAGUUUUGGGAACAUGUACAACAACUUGGGCCGAGCCGUUUUAAAUGCAAUUAUUGUGAACUUGACUACUCUGGUAGUGUUACUCGAGUGAAAGCUCAUUUGGCUUGCUUGACUGGCCAUGAUGUUUAAAUUUAUACAAAAGUCCCUGAUCAUGUUCAAGCUGAAGCCAGUGCAGAAAUGAAUUUGAGUGCAUCUAAAAAGAAAAGGACAAAUGAGACCCUAGAAAGUGGAAUUGGCUCCACAAGUUCUCUUGGUAGGAGCAUUCAUCAAACCACAAUGGUAGAGUUGGCUGCUAAACAAGACAAGAAGUCAUUAGAAAAGAUGAUAGGAGAAUUUUUUUGUUAAGAAUAACAUUUCUUUCAAUGUUAUUCAGACAGAAUCUUUUAUUCAAAUGAUGAAAGGUGCUUGUGCCUAUGGUCAGGGUUUUGUUAUUCCUAGUUACUCUACUCUUCGUACACGUUUGAUUCCUGAAGCUAAGGUAGAGAUCAUGGAAUAUGUGAGCAACAUAAAGUCAACAUGGGGUGACACAGGUUGCACAAUAAUGUCUGAUUCUUGGACUGACCUAAAGAAGAGGUCUUGGGUCAAUGUGAUAGCUUAUUCUCCUGGUGGGGCUGUAUUCCUGAAGUGUAUUGAUUGUGGUUCAAAUAGUAUUACUGCUGGAUAUCUUUUUAGAGAAAUUUCUAAUGUUAUUGAAAUGCUUGGACCACAACAUGUUGUGCAAUUUGUUUUAGAUAAUGGUGCUAACUAUAAUUGUUGUGGUGAUAUGUUGAUUGGAAAAUGGUCUCACAUGUAUCGGACAAAUUGUGCUGCAGAUGGGAUUAAUUUGCUUUUAAAGGAUAUCCAUAAGCAUGUUAGAUGGGUGAGGAAAAUUAUUGAUGAUGGUAAACAUGUAGUGGAUUAUAUGCACAGGCACACAACUAUUAUAGCCUUAAUGAGGGAAUUCACAAAUGCCAAAGAGAUUAAGCAGCCUUGCAAGACAAGGUUUGCUACUAAUUUUUUAAUGCUCCAAUCUCUUAUUGUAGUUGAGAAUGAGUUAAGGCAAUUGGUUGCAUCAUCUGAAUGGAGAGGCUUCCAUUGCAAUAGAGUUGAAAUAUCAUUAAAAACUGUCAGGAUAAUUCAAUCUGAUAUAUUCUGGGAAGAGGCAAAGGAGGUUAUUGCUUUUAUGGAUCCUCUCAUUAGGAUUCUUCGCCUUGUUGAUUCAGAUGGUUCCACUGCAUGUUACUUGUAUGAAGCAACUGUUAGGACAAAAGAAAAAUUGAGGAAGUUAAAGGAGAGUGAUGGAGUAAAGUGCUUUACCAUAUUGGAUUUGUUUGAUACAAGGGUGGAAAAGAAUAUAAUUCAUCCUGUUCAUGUGCUUGCUGCAGCUUUAAAUCCUAAUAAUUUGUUUGAUGGUGGACUUUUUAUUGAGACAAAUACAGUUGUGCAAGCUCAAGAAUGUAUUGUGGCAACCAUGGUUCCUCUAGAAGAUCAUGGGCAAUUCACUGCAGAAAUGGUUGAGUAUCGAAUGAGGAGCCCAAAUUUGUUCAAUAUCACAGGAAAGUCUUUAAUGAAAACUAACCAUCCAAGGAUUUGGUGGGAAUAUAUGGGUGGUUGUCUUCCUGUGGUUCAGAAGGUUGCUUGCAGAAUCUUAAGCCAACCUUGUAGUUCCUCUCCUUGCGAGAGGAAUUGGAGUGCUUGGGACGCUGCACAAACAAAGAAGAGGAACAGAUUAACUCCAGAAAUGUUAGAAGAUUUGGUAUACAUUAGAAUGAAUUCUUUGAUGAAGGAGAAGUAUGAAAGCCGAGCAAUUCACGAUACUUGGUGA